AGUCAGUCACGUACCUAACCACCGCAUCGAUUAAUGUGUUGCCUCGAAACUGAACUUUUUCCAUUUCAUUUGCAUGGGUAUGCACAGCCUUUUCGUUUUUCAUGUACCUACCUAAUUUGACCUACCUACCUGAGGUAACCUAGGUAGGAUUACUUUGACUACAAUUACCUCCUGUCAUUCCCAGCCUCAUCACUCUUUCUUAUAAACUACCUCAUACCUGCCUGAACCUUCAAAACCUACACAGACGGCUAUUACACAGCGCCACGGACUAACAAUCUAAUCACAAUGGACCUGCUUGAAGCCGUUUUCAACCAUCUUGUGCUGCCUCCGCAGUUACCUGGGUCGCAAGACCCGGACAUCGAGGCUUUAUCCUAUGAUGUAUUGAUGCGCCUCAUACGCACUUGCGAGACUCUUGAAAGUAUUGUGGGAGCACCUUGGUUUGAAGCAUUUCAAACUCUUCGUACCUCCUUAGAAUCAUGUCGUGCCCUUCACUCUGGGCGUUUGGAAAAGUCGGCGCUGCUAGCCCACUUUCGUGAACUCCAGCCUGACCACAUGCUUAUUUUGCAUGUUACAGAGCAGAAUGCAGCUCUACUGAUCCGUCGCACAUAUCAAAAUGGACAACAUUACGUUGUAUUCGAGGCAUUCGAGACAUCAGCCGUCUCGGAACAUGUUCUCGCUGCGGGACAUGCGCUGCAGUGGGACUUUCCUGGACGUUCAGCUCAGAUUCCUCUUUCCACAUUCGCCGAUGAAUCAUUUCAACAAUGUCUAGCAGCUUUUCUGGAGCAGGCUAGUAUUGAAACCCUUUAUAAUCUUCAGGCAUCCACUCAGAAGGCCAACGUCUCUUUAACCGAGGUCAGAGAUACGACCGACCCUGCACUGAUCACUCAGAUGCUUAUACCAAUCCUGGAGGCGAUAGGAAACCACUACCAGGCGCCCAUGCUUCGAAAGCGAGUACGGGAUGAUGUCAAUAUACAGAACGCUGACUUGCCCUGGCGUCGGCUUCCAUUUUGGCUCGUCUUGCGCGUUGCGGCCCAACGCCAUCUUUGCUUCAAGCUUGGUAACGAUCAGGGACGUAUUGGUUACAAGUUCCUCGUGUGUUUAUUACUCGCAGAACUACUGAAGCAGUCUGCUGGAAAGCUCAACCCGGCCAUGACCAUUACGCUGCGCACUAAAUUAUGCCGCCGUAUGGCAAAGUUAGAGACGCAGAAGGCUAGGUUAAAAUUAUAUGAGACUGGAGUUUAUAAGUCCUUAUUUGGUCAUAUCUCCCCUCUAAUCGAAAAUUCGAUUCAAGAAGCGACUGCCCAAGUUGAAAAUGCAUGGGAGUCAUUCAAAAGGAACGCAACGCGGCGUGUGCCAGUGCUUCCUCGCCAUGCAGACCCCCACGCACUUCGCCUCUCCCUCCCAAAUAGUGGAGAGUACCUCGAACGUCUCCUUUAUAGUCAACCACCACGAAAAGCUGAUGUCUCAUCAUUGAAUCUUCCGCAACCACUGGACAAGGCUAUUCAGCAGACACAAGACUUCACAGAUCAUAUAUUCCGAAUUGCAGAUCUCGAGUCUCGUGCUGAAGAGAAUGAGCUUCCUAGCCGAGAUACUAGGGCUAAUUUCUCUGCUCGUUGCAUCGAUAUCGCGAAAGAAAUCGACAAUAUUUUUACCGAGGUUGGCACGACGUACGACUCUAAUCCAGAGCAGAUGAGUUCUAUGAUACUUACCUUAUUUACUCUAUGGGUUCGUCUGGACAAGUGUGCCGUUGCCGUGUGUCCUCUUCUUGAUGACCAUCUCCGCAUUUUCAGCCCUGAGCUCCUAGAUGUUCUCCAAUUGCCCACGAUGUCUGAAAUGUGCCGGCUAGAAGAUAUUCAGACGUAUUUAGCACAAAAGAAGUCCAACAGCCGGUAUGGAACCAUUUUUGACAGGUUUGAUAAGAACUGUCUAGCGGUGCGCUAUGUCGCACAAUCCGCAGAGAUGCAAUCAUUGGCUUUGCGCGUGAAGGCUGCGUCUGAUAUGGCCCGUGAUGCCAAAGAGGCAGAAUGGAAACGGAUGUGUAAAGAAUAUGACGACCAUACUGCAGGGAUUGCAGAAGGUACGUGUUGUUGCUCUUGGAAAAAUGGGCAGCGCGACGUGCGAGGGUGCAAGACUUGUUGGCACUGGAGAACUCGUAAUCGAAUGAAGAUUGAAGUACACGAAGCCUUCCUCCCCGAAAACGAUCCAGCUAAGUCUGUACUGCUCUUCGAGUUGGCCAUUCCCCGUUACCUCUCAGCCUACAGGAAUGCCACUUGGAAGAUUCUAUCUCUGCUAGCACACCCGAGCCGCCCGGAUAAGUCGUCAAAACCGGCGAUAGAACUUGCGAACUGCACGCCUCUUCGAUCCUAUAUAACGGCUGAGGGGCAGUGUAUAUCUUUAGCGUCUUCUAUUAAAUGUUUCAGCCAAACCCAUUAUAAGUUCAACAGAGGAAAAGCCCCUCUUUCCCGUGUGCUGUUGCCUCUCGCAGCAGAUUUUCAGUUGUAUGACCGAAAUAGUGGAUUGUGGGUUAAAGAUUUAGGGAAGCCCCUGACAUUUCAGCAUCAUUGUGCUGUUCAUAUCCCACCUGCGCUUCGAACUACCAUUAUACCGGUGGUACAACAUCCACCGGCUACUGUGGAUGGGCCAUCGUCCUACGAAGUUCAGGCCAAUCAAGUUGAGUGCCCGGCUAACAUGUCCGUCCACGAGUUUUCUGCAUACCAAAAGCUACUUGGCGGCAAGAUGCGGCGUUGGCCAAACAUACUUGUUGAGAUGGGUUCCUCUAACCUGAAUUUCGGGAAUGAGGAUACGGCGAAUGUUCUUUGCCAACUGGCUAUUCAGGCAGGACCUCGACUACCCAGCGAAACGCUUCGAGCAGCUCAUGUCAUCUUUAAAGAGGCCAGUUUCGUAGAACGCCUAGCAGAGAUUAUUGAGAAGCGUCUUCGAGCUAUCCUGACAAACUGGAGAGAGCACCACUAUAUGGGGCUUCUUAUUACUCUUACUCUAAGGCUGUUCUACCUAUCGUCCGGCUCUUCCAGGGAUCGUGCGAAGAGUUUGCUGCGCACCGCACGAAAUGCUACAUUAGAAUGGACUACCAACUUGAGAAAAGAGCUCCGCAUCGCCACUGAUGCUAAGGAUGCACAACGAAUUUCAGAAUACGGUUUCUGCGCCGCUAUAUUGUGCCGGCGAACUUUUGCGGUCUACACCGAAAAGAACGGCACAAUGAGUGCGGAAGAUUUGAGCUCCUGGGUCUUGGCAUCAGUUGCAUUGCAGGAGAAUUUGCUAGUUGAUAUCAACAAGCUAUCCCCUGGGUUGAAAAAUAUGUAUCUACGUGAUACGAAGUUGGCAUACCGCUUGCAGUCAAUCCUCAAGACAGCCAUACAGUCUCACCAAGGCGCCGUCGGGUAUGGAAUAUCUAGGAGUUGGUCCGAUAGCUUAGACGAUGUUAAGUCGUCCUUCACUCAUUGGAGCUUCUUUGGCGCACCCCACAAUCGUUGGAUCGUUUCCCGUGCGUCAGAAAAUCGCUGGAAAUAUACUACAACCCAGACGGUUCAUUACAAUUUCAUCGAAGGCCAUAUGCUAGUAAACGGAAAGCCCCGCGGAAAGCUGCCUCUUGAGAUCCAAGAGAGUGAGGACGUUAAGGAGAUGUUUGGGAACCACCACAUUCUUACAUAUCCAUCUUUUUUACCAGGAAUGACGCACACGCUUUCGAACAGGAUUCAUGGUCAAGAGGUGCAUUUUGGUAUGCGGGAUGGACAGGUAAUCAUCCGUACUAGCACGGCGACCAGUAUUCUGGAGCUCAUCCCUAGAAAAUUGUUUAGGGGCCCGGAAACUUUUGACCUGCCAAUGGAAUUAACGGAGAGCUGUGUGCAUUGGUUGAAUCUUAGCACAGGAUGUCUGGAAAUUCGCCGCAUGCCUGUCAUUUGGGUGAAGCGGCAACGUGACUGGGAGAUCGAUAUUCCUAGUCGCAGAGCUACCCGCGGCAAUGUGAACCUCGUGGAUCCCCAAUCAAGCAUAUUUGGCCAGGUCGUAAAGACAUUGCAACAUUUUGAAAACCCGGAAAAGUUAACUGUUUCUCAACCUUUAGUCGGUAAGCUGCAAGUGGAGCUACGCCACUUGGAGUUGUCGUUCUUUGUGAAUCGCGAAGGUUUACUCGAAUGUCGGCAGCUAAACGCGGAGGUUGACCCGAAUCAAGAUGCGGGCACAUGGUAUGGGCUCCAAAGUAUGAUCGUGCUGCGCGAUAUAGUUUCUGGGAAACGAAGCAUAAUUGUCCCUCUAGGCCAAUUCAACUACAAACGAAGUGGAAUGCACGUACAAGUGCGCAUAUUUGACGCACCAAAUUAUGGUAGAUAUAAGAUUGACGAUAUCCUCGGCCGGCUUUCUUGCCCUCCUGAGCCUCGACUUCUUUAUACGAAAGCUUUGUAUCAUGCGAUUACAUCUUUCUGUCUCCCUGACCCCUUAACGGGAAGAACUGGUACAGAAGAGGCAUUCUCAAUUCUUCGUUCAGGUGCUUCUCAACCAUGGGUACCUUUAAUAUCUCUUCCAGAGGAGAUAUUAAGGUCUAUAGCAGACCUGUCCCCUCGGAGGGUUUACUAUCCCCCGCCAAUGAAGCGUUUUCAAACUGUAACUUGGGAUGGAAAUUUGACGGUAAAUAUACAGCAUGAUGGGUUUGAAUCGUUGAUUCAACAUAUCCUUAUCAAGUCCAAUCAGCUCAAGAAGCUUUCCCCGUCUGCUACAAAGGACAUAACUUUUGAGGAACCAUCACACCUCCGGAACCGCGGCCGACUGCAACGUGAGCUCUACGAAUGCCCCACUCUGGAUACAGCUAGUCAAGCCUCUCAAGAUACUCCUUACAUCCCCCGCGACCGUAAUAAAACAUCGAAAGCCACCCAUGUGUACCAGAUAGCUCGCCACGUUCUUGCAGGUUCUUCCUCAAUACCCAUGGGGACUUCCCUUAAGGCUCUUCUCGAGUCCAGCGAAGUUAUUGGCGGGUUCCACGGUGACGACAGCUCAUUUAAUGGAAAAGAGCCUCUUAUCAGUCAGAUUGAAGAAUCUAUAUAUGAGAAUUGGGGUUCUCUUAUACAAUUCUGUCGCCAUGCAGAUGAUAGUACACCCGUCAUAUUUCGCCUCGGGCUGCUUGCUUUCAAUGCCAACCCCAAUAUGGAAAUGAUUCAUUAUCUUGCUGCUUUCUUCAAGGUCCAUCAAAUAAAAUGCCUGCAGCCGCCUUCCUCUGGCGGCUUCUUCGAUUUCAAAUCGAGGGAAAGGCCCUCUGUUGAGCUAUUACAGACGCUCAUAGCAUCGGCUUACCUCCCAUUUGAUGGAAGGUCCCGUCGUGGAGGAGUAUGGAAAGACCGGGCUGGACGCAAUCCCGAAGAGCACAAAGAGUUUUGUGAAUUGGAGGGCCGUAGGCUCGCUGACUGCCUUUUAGAACAGUGGCCUACUUCAGUGGACGAGAUUCCUAGAGAAACAUUCGAAAGUAAAGCUGUCGACAUCUCCUUGGUGCUCGAAAAAAUACGACCCGAGUGGGAUCGUCGGCGGGAAAACAUGGAACUGGACGCUUAUAUCAAUCGAGUACAGGCUGUUUUAAGCUCGCUCAAAGGUCCACGAAAUCCCUUUUCACUUCCUGACUGGACAAAUGCUACCCCAGUGUUCACGGGUAGAAACAAUUCUCGAGUUAUUCCGUCAGUAUCUCAAGAAUUGGUAGUCAAACCAGGCCCCAUUCUGGAUACUACGGUGAACAAUAUCGACUUCAUCGGUAGGAAUGAGUCGGGGUACAGCAAAGCUGAGGAAUCACAAACACGAGGCCUACUCAACGAGGCUAUAGAGUUAGAGGCAAUCUUACGUAGGUUUGCAAGGUCUGCCAACUCGAUUCGGCAGAAAUACAGCAACGAUCUUCUGCAGAGUCUAUCUGCGCUGAAAGACACGGGCCAGUUAGAUUCUCAAGGACUAAUUCCGGCUCUAAAGGACGUUAAAGACGCAAUAGAGCAAAUCAAGCUUACAAUCUCGGACUAUCGUAGACAAAUAUGCGAUGCUCUUGCUAUCGGCGACGACCGGUACCGAUGGUUGCGGCUUGGUGCCAUUUGGCCUUGCACAUCACCGGUCGAGAUACUUACAUUUCUAAGAUCUUCACUAGCCUACAAUUUUGGGUCCGGGAUGAAAGAGGCUCUUGUUUCCUAUGGAGUAGCCAUUACAACUCUACAGCGGCUAGAGCGCCUUCGCUCCGCAGCCCUGCGUGGAGACAAGCGAGCGUGCGAUGAAGAGUUGCGGAAUCCAGGUCAUCAGAAUUGGUCGCCGCUUAACUCGGCAGAUUGGCUAUUACUCGAACUUGACAGCGACUUCCUUAUACGUACCGAACAAGUCGACGUCGCGUAUGCCAUGAUUGCGCCGAAGUCCGGCCAAAACAGUGUGCUGCAGAUGAACAUGGGCAAAGGCAAGACAUCAUGCAUCGUACCGAUGGUGAUAGCCGUCUUAGCAGAUGGCAAAAACCUUUCCCGGUUAAUCGUCCCAAAAGCGCUUCUAAUGCAGACAGCACAGACCACCCAGUCGCGUUUAGGAGGGCUUGUAGGGCGUGAAGUUCUUCACAUUCCUUUUUCGCGGAAGUCGCCAACAACGCCGGAGAUAUUAGAGCUAUAUGAGACCCUUCACCGCCGCACUCGUAAUUCUAGAGGGUUAAUUCUUACUAGCCAUGAACAUAUACUGUCAUACAAACUGGGCGGAUGGCAGCAGCUCGCAGACGGUAAGCUGAAGGCAGCAAGAAGCAUGACCGUCUUCCAGCGUUGGCUGGACAACAAUUGUCGCGACGUUCUGGACGAAUGCGAUUUCACUUUGGCGGUUAAGACUCAACUGAACUACCCUAGUGGACCUGAGAUGGCUGUUGAUGGUCAUCCAUUCCGAUGGCAAGUAGCCCAAGAGUUGCUCGACUUAGUAGCUCAAUGCCUCCCGAAUUUAAUGAAAAGAUUCCCCACCAGCAUUGAGGUACUACAUCGACCAGGGUCUUUCCCAAUUUUACAUAUUCUGAAAAAUGAUGUGGAAGAGGCUAUUCAUGAUCACUUAUUCGAGGCUAUUUGUAAUGGAAAGACAACAUUCCUUCGCCCUGCUGAUUCAAGCUUUCAAGCCCGACAAGGAAUAAUUCGACGUGUCCUUUGCGAGCCAAAAUUUGAUGAACGCAUUUUCAUGCAGGCAGUUAACGCGUUUGUCAAUCCGCAGGCGGCGGCGAAGAUACUACUCGUGGUUCGAGGCCUAUUGAUUAAUCGAAUACUCCUCCUCUGCCUCAACAAGCGGUGGAACGUUCAAUACGGUCUUCACCCUGAUCGUGACCCAAUUGCAGUACCGUUCGAGGCAAAAGGUACCCCAUCUGAGCAAUCUGAGUUCGGCCAUCCAGAUGUAUCUAUAUUGUUCACCUGCUUGGCAUUCUAUUACACGGGCCUCACCUCCGAGCAAUUCCGUCAAGGGCUACAAUACGUCCUUCAGUCAGAUGAUCCAGCUGCACAGUACGAACUGUGGUCUUCCGGGUGUGAUAGCUUACCAGAGGCAUUGCACCACUGGAACGUCAUCAAUAUUGACGAUGGAGGACAGCUAGACGAGCUAUGGAAACAUUUGCGUCUGAGUCGCAUUGUAAUCAACCAUUAUUGUAACCAUUUUGUUUUCCCCGUUCACGCCAGACAGUUCGAAAUCAAGUUACAGGUUUCAGCUUGGGAUAUCCCACUAUUUUCUAAGGAUCAGCGGGGUGCUAGGACGACCGGUUUCAGCGGCACCAACGACAGCCGUAUGAACCUCCCACUCACUAUUCGGCAAGAUGACCUCCCUAGCUUACAACAGACAAGUGCCGAAGUCUUAUCAUACCUCUUACAACCAUGUAAUCGAGGUUAUCAUGUUACUGCAGACCUCUCCGGUAAGCGAUUGACUGAGAGAGGCCUACUAGGGCGACUAAAGGAGAAAGGCAUCCGCACCCUCAUUGAUGCUGGAGCCUACAUCCUAGAAAUGGAUAACAGAACAGUUGCCCAGGAGUGGCUUAAAGUUGAUUGCGAAGCCGGUGCAGCCGUUUAUUUUGGCUCGGAUAACCGUGCUUGGGUGCAUUACCGCGGAGAUAAGAAGAGUGAUGUCCCACUCCUAGCCACUCCAUUCGCAGAUGAUCUUGGCGGCUGCGUUGUAUAUCUAGACGAGGCGCAUACCCGUGGUGUAGACCUGAAGCUGCCGUCGAAUGCCCACGGAGCACUGACGUUGGCGCUAAAGCAAACCAAAGAUUAUACUAUGCAAGCUGCUAUGCGACUCCGCCAGUUGCGUACUACUCAGUCGGUCAGCUUCUUUGCGCCCCCGGAGGUUGACCAGAGCAUCAAGGACUUUUGCCGCCCAGCAAGAGGCACUAGUAUCGAUUCUUCCCACGUCGUCGCUUGGCUUCUAGAGCAAACAUGCUGUGUCAAUGAGGAUCUGCAAAGUCUUUACGUAUCGCAAGGUGUCGACUUCUGUCAGCGUACGGAUGCGAUUUGGCGCCAUGAGAACUUCCUGACAAACACGACACAACGGGCAAAGCUGCUGGAGACAAUUCAGCAACCAGAACGGCAGACGUUAGAGCAAUUAUAUGGUGGAGCCCUUGCAGGUUCACGAAUUGGAACCGUAGGUCGCAUGUGUACGCCGCAGUUGCAAAAGUUCGCGGAUCAGCUUAACCAGUCCUAUGGAGAGCGCGGCGCUCUUCACGUAGGCGCCAUGGAAGAAGUUGAACAGGAAAGGGAGGUUCAGGUGCAAGUAGAGCAGGUUCGUCAGAUACAAAAGCCGCUCCGAUAUGAAGCCUUGGAAUUCCCGGGCCUGCAUCCAGUCAUCUUGAAUUUCGCGCGCACGGGAGUACUGGAGGAUACGUCGUCGAAUCGAAACGAGACCGCAUUCGAGCACGCAUUUGAAUAUGUAGCAAAUACUACUCUCGGAAAGAAAUUCGGUGUAAAGGAUACGGGCUCACGAUUCUUCAUUUCGACUGAAUUCAGACGAACAGUCAAAUGUAGGAGAAAUAGUAUGGUUGACAAUUUCAUGCGUCCAGUAGAAUGGAUCCUCUGGAGUCCCUCGGCACAAACCGCGCUUGUUAUUGUUCCCGAGGAGGCUGAAUUGUUGAUUCCCUUGCUUCGAGGUGCCACCCGCUCGCCACGCGUGCAUUUGAUCACCUACGCAGCGCCUGUUACUAAGACCAUGGAACGGUUCAAUACCCUCCAGUAUUACUGUCUUCCGGCGCUGCCGCCUAUUUACAAAUUCCCAGAAUGGUUUAGAUUCGAACUAGGCGUGUUAGGCGGCCGAUUGUAUGUGAGCUUGGCCGAAUGGGGUCCGCUAAGCCGUUACCUACAGUCCUCGUUCGAGAAGGCGGACAAGCUGUCUAGAGGAAACUCGAACCCAACUCAGGCAGAGGAAGUAACGCCCGCCCCUUUUGCGGAUGAUCCGUCGUCCUUCCUCCUAGAGUGGCUCACAUUACUUCGCAAGACGCAGGAUGUCUUGCAUACGCCCAUGGGCUAUAUCUGCACCGGGCGCGCGCUCGGUGGACCGGGUCAGUUCCAAGAGUCGUUAUUGUGAUUUCAUCAUAAGGUCACACUAUUGGAUCGACAUAUCGAAUCGCAAUGUUGGAAUGCGCGCAGAUGUUGCCGUUUGGUUUACUGAAGGGUGUUUGUGUUUUUUAGCU